AUGGGGAAAGUUUGUGCCAUUUUUGGAGGAUCCCGAGGAAUAGGAAAAGCUGUCGCAGAAUUACUGGCACAGAAAGGCUGCCACCUGGCGAUUAUUGGUCGAAAUCUGGAAGUAGCCCAAACCACUGCGCAGAGUCUUGGUGCAGGGCAUCUGGCAAUUAGGUGUGAUGUAUCCAGUGAACAAGAAGUCCAAAAUGCUUUUGAGGAGAUGCAGAGGAAUUUAGGUCCUAUUAACUACUUGGUUAAUGCAGCUGGGAUCAACAGGGAUGGUUUGUUACUGAGAACCAAGACUGAAGAUAUGGUAGCCCAGAUUCACACUAACCUUUUGGGAACAAUGUUGACAUGCAAAGCUGCUGUAAAAAGCAUGAUUCGACAACAGGGAGGUGCUAUUGUCAAUAUAGGUAGUGUUGUAGGACUUAAAGGCAACUCUGGUCAAAGUGUGUAUAGUGCUACCAAAGCAGGAUUAGUUGGAUUUUCACGCUCCCUUGCUAAAGAAGUAGCGAAAAAGCAAAUUCGAGUCAAUGUGGUUGCUCCAGGCUUUAUUCACACAGAGAUGACUGCUCAUUUGGAAGAAGAUCAGUUGAAGGAUGCAAUUCUCCUUGGAAGAUUUGGAGAGCCUAGUGAAGUUGCACAAGCUGUUGUUUUUCUUCUAGAGACCCCUUACGUUACAGGGAGUAUUCUAAUUGUAGAUGGGGGCUUGCACCUUAUGACUUAGCUUCAAUAAGUACCUACUUUGGUAAUACAUAAA